AUGCGACUGACUUCCUUGUAGAGCAGGGUUGUGGCUCACUCACUGCUGUUGCCAAAUUAUGCAGCUUUCCCUACCAUCCUGAGGGAGACUCAAGGUGCUCAGGUGGAAUACUUUACCAGGAACCUAUAACUGUCCAUAGGAUUCUCUUCUUGUUUAUGUUUUAAGUGUUAGAGGGAGAACCUGAGGAGGAUGUUGUACACAGAGUUUUUGCGGUUGUGGGAUGAGGCGGUAAAGGCAGUGGAUGCCAGAGACUGGCAGGGAGCCCUGUCUAAACUCAACCAGAUCACUGAACCUACCUCCCGGACUCUGUUUCUGACCGCCUCUGCUCACCUCGCCUUGGGGCAGCUGGAGCCUGCCAUCCAGGCUCUAGACCAGACCAUAGCAAAGGAUGAGCGACUUGCAGUUGGCUUCUUCCAAAGAGCUGGAGCAUUCAUGAUGGCUAGCAGGCUGGAGGAGGCUCUGAAUGACUGUACCUCGGCUCAGAAACACAUGAGAGGGAACAUGGUCAUUGAUUACAAACAGCUGGGUCUACGCUACAAGCUCUACAGUUGGCAGGUCUUGUAUAACGCAGCAGCUGUCCACUCUAGACUGGACCAGUUGGACAAAGCACGGGACAUUCUGAUCUCAGCCUCCCAGGAGAAAGGAAGAGGGGGGCGAGGAGGGAACAUGGAGGUGGCUUUAGACAUGAUCUCUAGGGGAGAGGUGCUGCCUGUCCUCCUGGUGCCAGAGGGGCAGGUGUUCCGCCCCAGGAAACAGGACGUAGAACAGCUGGGAGAGAGAGACUUCCUGGGCAAACCAAAGGUCAUUUCCUCUAUGAUUCCCAAUGAUGACUUUGGUGGAUUUGAACCUCUCAGGGUUCAGAAACCUGGAUACUACGAGCCCAAGGUGGAUAGAGUGGAGGAUUCUCGCUACAUGUGUCUGCGUACCCCCUACAUAUCCGGGGGCCCUGGUCAGCUGACGGUGCCAGGGGGAGCCAUGGUGUUUGUCUUCAGUGAUAUGGAAAGAGAUGGACUGGCCACGGUCAUACACGAUGGACAGAAAGGACUUGUCCCCAUGACACUGCUAGACCCAGUGGAUAUCAAGAAGUCCAAAGGCAGGAGAAAUAAUAAAAGUAUUCCCAGUGGGAUCCCCCUCCCACCGGGCCUCAGGCCGCCCACUCGCCCACAGAACCAGCCCAGCCCCAAAGCAUCUCCUCCGGGUAGGCUCAACUCAUUUAACCCCUCUGGCAGAGGACAGGACAAGGGGAUGGAGCCAGAGAGCCCAGUUAGACAGACACCACCACCAUCCUAUGCCUCUGCCACCCACCCACCAAUCAGUUCCACACCGCUACACAAGUACACAUCCACAGUAGACAGCCCCACUGAACUGGAUCCCACUUCACCCCAGGGAGCAGAGGCUGGGUCUGUGGUGGUAAAGGUGCAUUACAGAUACACCGUGGCUCUGAGUGUCCCUUUAGGCACGCCAUACGAUGACCUACAGGAGAGAAUUGCACACAAAUUGGGGCAGCCAGCCUCACACUUGCGCCUCAGACACAGGCAGCAUGGCUCCCAGGUGCUGAAGCCUCUGGAUGGGGAGGAGGGGCUCAGGGCCCUGCUGGAGGUGGCAGAGGCAGGCAGAACCACACUGUGGUGCCAGACUGAGGACCGCCUGGACAACCGUACCAUUCUCUACCAGAUGGUGGCACUGUAUGACUAUGCAGCAGAGGGCCCAGAGGACUUGGAGUUCAGUGAGGGAGACUCUAUUGACAUUCUCAGUGAAGUCAACGAGGAGUGGCUGGAGGGACACUGUGCUGGUUACAUUGGCAUCUUCCCCAGCUGUUUUGCCUACCGGGAAGAAGAGACCCCCACAACCAGGGGUGCAACUUUCACUGGGGACGGGGGGGGUCAUGUCCCCCCCACAUUCUGAAAUUGCAUUUUUGCCCCCCCAGUUGUAUCAUUGCAAUGUGAUACAAAAAGAGGCAAAGGUGUGCUUUAGGACCAUGCCUCCGAGUGGUCGGGUAGGCUGUUUGGAGUGUUCAGCCAGCUGGAUUUAGGACCGCUUGGAUACCACAGAGCAGGCUGACAGGCUGUCUGAAGGCAAAGCUUCUGGAAGGCUGGCUGGACCGGCACGCAAGAGUUGAGCAUAGUUCAGUGUGUAUGUGUUGCGCUUUUUCACAGAGUUGUAAAAAUUGGCUACUCUUUAGGCGACUGAUGUAACUGACAAGGCAACUAGUGUUUAUUCGCAGUGCUGAGCUAGUAUUGUAACUGACAUGUAACGUUAGCUACUGAGGUGAAUGAAUUAGCCACGCUAGCUAGUACUGUAGCUACCACAGCCAGGUCAGUUCUAACAUCUAGCUAUCUAUCAGAUAGCGAUAUGAGGUGGCUAUUAUUACUAUCUAACAGCAGUUGUUUGUAUGGAAAUGUUUUUUAGCCUUCGUUUUGUUCUGUUUCAACAGAAGUAAAUGAACUUGUAAAGCUUUCACAACUUGAUGUACCAUUAGAAAGAGAGAGCUGGCAAAAGGUUGGCUAAUGUUAGCUAUGAUUUUUGAUGACACUAGACCUGAAUCAAAUGAUGAAACCUUCAGCCAAAUGAUUGAGAAUUGAUAUUCUAAUGUUUUUUCAGUGCAAUGUGAGUUUUUAUUAGUCAGUAUGGCAAUGUAACUUUAUUGAUCUAUCAGUUUCCCUAGCUAAUUCCCUGCUUUUCACACUGACACAGUAAUAAACAGCUCUAACAUUA